AUGCGCUCAAUGCUAGCACAAGCUCUUGGUAUACUGAAGUUUGUUCUCAUUGGUCUUGUUGUUACUGGCUACAACCCUUUCCCGCUGUUGAACUUACAAACACCCAGCUCGUUUACUUGGGCAAUCAAUAACAAGAUGUAUGCUUGCCUUAUGUUGUUUUUCAUCUCCAAUGCAAUAGAGGGUCAGUUGAUAUCUACCGGUGCAUUCGAAGUCUCUUUCAAUGAUGUCCCAAUCUGGUCCAAGCUAGAAACUGGUCGCAUUCCUUCUCCGGGAGAAAUGGUGGAGAUCAUUGAAAACCAUUUACGGUACACGCCAGGAAGAUAA